AUGGAGUCCCCGGGCAAUAGGGGAUCAUGGGGCCCCUGUGUCCUUGCCCAAACUCAAAAAAGCCUAUGAAAAAGGUACCAGGGGCAUCUCAUGGGUCCCCCUACUGACCCCGGGCCCUCGGGCAUAAUUUUCACCAGUCUAAAAAACACCAGACUGAAUGUGACCUGCAACCAGGGGCGGACUGACAACUCAUGGGGCCCCCGGGCAAUAGGGGAUCAUGAGGCCCCUGUGUCCUUCUCCAAACUCAAAAAAACCUAUGAAAAAGGUACCAGGGGCAUCUCAUGGGGCCCCCUACUGACCCUGGGCCCUCGGGCAGUGCCCGAGUUUCCAAAUGGUCAGUCCGCCCCUGCC